AUGGAAUCGUUUCCUCAGCAACAACGACGUAAAUAUUUAGCGCAAGCGACGCGUCCAUUUUGUUUGAGUCUGUAGUAACCGCAGUCGCCGAACCUCGAGUAACAUUAAAAAGCAAGCAAAAUGACAGCGGUUCUUUCACAGAGGCCUGACGGCGGUACCUAUACAUUUACUAGCCAGCCAAGAGCACUACAACAGAGAAAAAAAUAUCGUGAUGUUCAGCAGCAAGAUGCAGCAGAGGGACUGCCACAAUAUGGCAAUAUUAUGUAUGACAGACGUGUUGUACGUGGCAACACAUAUGCUCUGCACACACUCCCAGCACAUGCACAGCCAGAUCCAAUUGAAAUGCAAAGACAACAAGAAAUCCGACGCCGUGCCAUUGCUCGGAAACGUGCCAAGGAUCAGCUGCGCCCAAGAUCCCCUGAACCUGUUGAAGGACGCAAGCAUGUUGAUGUGCAAACAGAGCUCUACCUAGAGGAGUUAAGUGAUCGAGUAGAAGAAGCUGAUGUAGAAUGCCAGACAGAUGCCUUUCUUGAUCGGCCUCCUUCUCCUUUGUUUGUGCCAGCAAAAACUGGCAUGGAUACUGCAACACAGAUUUUUGAGGGUGAUCUAUUUGACUUUGAUAUAGAAUGUAAGCUCCUUGAGGUCAUUGUGGGAAAAACGGUGGAGCAGUCAUUGCUUGAAGUAAUGGAAGAGGAAGAAUUAGCAAAUUUAAGGCAGCAGCAGAGAGCUUUUGAAGAACUGCGAAAUGCUGAGCUGGUAGAGCAACAGCGACUAGAGGAACAGGAACGUCGGCACCGAGAAGAGAAGGAGCGGCGAAUUAAACAGCAGCAAGAAGUGUUACAGAAAGAAAAAGAGACAGCUGAGAAGAUUGCAGCUCGUGCAUUUGCUCAGAGUUACCUUGCUGACCUAGUACCUUCUGUUUUUGGCACCCUUGCAGACAAUGGAUACUUCUUUGACCCUGUGGAGAGAGAUGUGGAACAGGGCUUUUUGCCAUGGCUUAUGGAGCAAGUUGAGGAACAACUGCAGUGCAAUGACCAUGGUCGCAUGAUCUUAGAUGGACUUUUAAGGGAAGUGGUUCUUAUGCGUACAAACCUAUACACCAAGCGUGAUGAGGUGGUAGAAAAUCCACUUUUAUCUUCAAACACCAGUCUGAUGCAGAGCAACAUAGAAACUGAAGAAAUUGCCCCUGGUACCACCACAGAGCAGAGCGAAGAAGCGGAGAAGGAAGGCGAGAUACCUGCCCCUGCUCAACCCUCUGAAGAUCUCCCGGCACACAAUGAAGAUCCUGGAGAAGAUGAUCCCGCAGACGAUUAAAGUCACUUAAUGUCACUCGCUGCUUUGACUGUGUGAAUCGUUUUCUGUACAGAAUUUGAAUCCAAGACAGCGACUGACGGCGUCUGCAUCUAGAACUUUACCCGCCAGCUGCACACAGUACCUUUCUUUAAUUAUUAUAUUCGAUAGUAAUAAAAUAUUAAAUAUUUCUGGAUUGAAAUACACCUAAAAGACAAAACUAGAAUUCUGCAACCAGCACUACACGGUCGAGGAAGUACAGUCGGCCCUCAGCAUUCACGGGUUUCAGAUUUGCAGUUUUGAUUAUUUGCGGAUUUGAUACCAAUUAAUGGGAUUUUUUCUUUCAAGUUUUGCAGCCUGCAGAGAUAAGUCGCAGACAGUGUGUAAAGAAACUAAAAAAACACUGAACUAAGUCAUAGAUGCAUACAAUAUCUGCAUUAUUAACCUAUUUUUUCAUACAUAGGGUAUUGAUUUACUUGCGUUCAGUAUGGUCAACAAUAUUAAGGAUUAUGGUUUGGGAGAGGGCUAGAGUUAUUCGCGCAUUUUCCCCAUUCGCAGGCCGACUACAUGCACAUGUUAACAGAUAAUAGCAGUUUUUCCAGCAAUCCUAACCUGUGGUUGUGGCACACACACACACACAGAUGUGAAAGAUGUGACGGAUGUGUGGGCGGACGGUUAUAAAAGCUCAAAAAAAAUUUUUUUUAAGCACAGAGUAGUCAGAGCAGAUGUAAUUCUUUGAAGCAAAACCAGUUUGACAAAAUCGGUAUAUUGCUGGUAAAUUUUUGCUAUCAAAAAGUAGUAUCUGUGAAUCAGAAUGUUAUCAGUGCUCGACAAAAAGUAAUUAGUGUUUCUCUGCGAGGUUUAGUACAGUCCCAGCCAUCGUAUACUUGCAAGCCAACAAAAAGGCUUUGUUGUAGCAAGCAUAUCAAGUGGGUAUAUAUAUAUCAAGGAACAACAAGUUAAUACAGAGACGAACUACUAGAAGAUGCCAUUCUGACUGGCGCCACUGGCCAUGCAGGCUGUUCGUUCACGUUUGUUUGACCUCUGUACCUACAAGUGCCGCGAUCUGUGUGUGUGUGUGAGAGAGAGAGUAACUUCAAUUGCUAUAGAACUGUAGGAUGAUGUUUGUUACUCUCAGACUAUACAGUUAACAUAAGGUUUCUUGCUAAAUAAUGUUACUUUGCUUUAUUCUAGAUUAUGAAUCUAAUUGACACCAUUAGAAAUUUUUUUUUUUGGUGGAGAAGGGGGGGGGGGUUCAUGUCGGUACCAGAAUAUCGUUGAUAGUUAGCAUUCACAUGUACCUCCACUUUGUAACUAUGCUGUUUGUCGUGAAAUGACUAUGAUAAUAAAGUACUUCGCAUUUUUACCAUAUGGAAACGCA